UUACGGUACAAGUAACGGACUUCCGUAACCUCCACUGAUUAUGCAAGUCCAAUACAGCUGCAGUUUAGGAUUUGUCACGCCUACAUGAAGUCGCGUGGGCGGCGACAUGUACAUCAGGUUUUUGCUGACUUCUCCGUCACUGCUUGCUGUGAGAUGGUCAGUUCUGACAGUGAAAUGAGCUGGUCGGAUAUUUUCAGUCACCCGUUGUGGCCGUUUUGUACGGCCCUGCUGGCGCUGGUGGUGCACCUGCAGCGGAGAGUGCGCUGGAACCCAAAAGCCUGCACCGUGAGCCUGAAAGGGAAGACUGCUUUAGUGACCGGAGCCAACACAGGGAUUGGGAAGUUCAUUGCCUUGGACUUUGCACAUCGUGGGGCCCGUGUUAUUCUGGCCUGUCGCAGUGAGUCCCGGGGGGCAGCAGCAGUUAAAGAAAUCAGGGAAAAAACUGGGAACUCUGAUGUCCACCUGCGUCUAGUGGACCUGUCUUCUCUGGACUCUGUCAGGGACUUUGCUAAGGGUGUUCUUGAAGAGGAGAAAGCUCUCCACAUCCUUGUCAACAAUGCUGGAGCAUCAGGUUUACCCAGACAGAUCACCAAAGAUGGGUUUGAUGUUUCUUUUGCCACCAACCAUCUGGGGCCGUUCCUUCUCACGAGCUUGCUGCUGGAGCUGAUGAAGCGUUCUGCUCCAGCACGUAUCGUCACCGUCAGCUCAGCCAACCAUAAGAAUGGUCAAAUGGACUUCAAACAUUUUCAUGGGGAGAACCUCACGUAUUACUUUGAUAAAGUCUACAACAACACUAAGCUGCACAAUAUCAUCUGUACAAAUGAGUUUGCACGCAGGCUACAGGGGACAGGUGUCGCUGCAAACUCUGUCCACCCUGGUUUUGUCAUGACAGAGGUGAUGAGACACUAUCCACUUGUGUUUCGUUGGAUUUUCAACAUCAUUGGAGUUUUCUUUUUAAAGUCUCCAGAACAGGGUGCAGUCAGUUCGAUCUACUGUGCAGUAGCAGAAGAAAUAGAAGGAAUAACUGGGAAGUAUUUUGACAGCGACUGCUCCCUGGCUCUCCCUGCUCCUUUAGCUCGAGAUGCUGCCCUCGCAGUCAAGGACUUUGAGGUCUGUGAGAGACUGACAUUGAAGUCAAGGCUUUGAGCUCUGAGCAAGAACUCUACAACUA